UAGAUUCGUGCACUUUAGUAUCUGCAUUGAAUCCAUCCAUGAACUUUAAAACUGCGAGUGUGUUCCGACUGCAGUAAAUAGUAACCUUGAACACGGACUGUUGUUGUAUGUUAAUCAAUGUAAUACUCAUCAGUGAAUUAUAUCAUUGUUUAUUGAUCUUUAUUACUCAGAUUAAGUGCGUUAAUGUGACAGAUGUCAGACUGUGACCCGCUCAAGAAGCGCCAAAGGCUGCUGGAGUCUGAAUCCCUUCAUCACGGAAGGUCUGAAGAUGCAGAAAACCAAAGUAAAGUCCUUCGUCCUGAAGGUUCAUCUAAACCCCAAAGAAAGAGACCAAUACCGGGCAAAAGCAGUCAGAACUCUCUGGAUCUCUGGCUGCAGAAGAAGUCCAGUGUGACCCGGACGAGUCCAGCCAGAACUGACCUCUCGAGCUCAUCCGAGGAAAGGCCGUCGACAACAGAGCGAGACUCCGCGACCGAACCCAGACGAACCGGUUCUGUUCUGGUGUCGGGAGAUCCGGACGCGAACACAGAGACGCUGCAUCAUCAGAGAGAGACGCGCAAAAUCACACACUUCUUCACAAAAACUCCAGUUAAAGUCGCGUGUAGAAGGGCUGCAGCAGUGGCUGAUGGGAAGGCGCUCAGCAGUGAUGUCACCAGGCUGGGCGUUCCUGUCGCUGACCUGAGGAGGGCGCCGGUGUGCAGCGGCCCCUUGCCUGCCCUUAAACCCACCGACGGGCACACGGUCAUGAUCAGGACUGACCUAUUGGAUCCUGGGAAGGUUCCAGUGCCGUAUCCCCCUCCAGAGAAACGGAGUGACUGCUGGGAUGAUUGGCACGUGAAAAUGCCCUGCUCCGAACACAACCUGUUCCCUGCGGACAGUACGACUCUCCAGAGCCGAUGGGAUUUGAUUCAUCAAGCCCUGAGCAUCCCGUUGAAGUCUUCUCAUGAUGUGAAGGAUGCCAUAUUGAAAUAUAAUGCAGGUCAAGCGAAAGCAUGGAACUUCUCAGCUCUGCAUUCAUACUGUAAGGGUCUGCAGGAAUCUGAAGCCGAGCAGAUGUUUGGAGAGCUGCUUCCAGCCAUGGCACAGCUGGCAUUGAGAGCGCCGAGCCUCUUCACACAGCCGAUUCCUUUGCUGAGGACGCAGCGCUGUCGCUCCAUCACGCUGUCGCAGGAGCAGGUGUCGAGUCUGCUGGCGAACGCCUUCUUCUGCACAUUCCCUCGACGCAACUCUCGCAGGACAGACUUCAGCAACUAUCCUGACAUCAACUUCAACAGGUUAUUUGAAGGUCCGUCCCCGAAGAAACUGGAGAAACUCAAAACCCUUCUGUGCUACUUUGAACGGAUCACACGGCACAGGCCCACCGGUCUCAUUACUUACACCAGACAGUGUCUGCCGCGUCUGCCCUCGUGGGCGAGCUCAGAGAAGCAGUUCAGCAAGCUUCACAUCAGCUGUGACGGAACCAUAGAGAAGCAGGGCUACGGCAUGCUGCAGGUGGACUUUGCCAACAGGUUCGUUGGGGGAGGAGUGACCGGUUCUGGUCUGGUUCAGGAGGAAAUCCGUUUCCUGAUCAACCCAGAGCUCAUCGCCGCUCGCCUCUUCACUGAAGUGCUGGAGGACAACGAGUGUCUGAUCAUCACAGGUACAGAGCAGUUCAGCAGAUACUCUGGAUACUCCGAUACCUACAGAUGGGAUGGUAACCAUGACGACCAGACGCCGAGGGACGAGUGGCAGCGCAGGGUCACUGAGAUCGUCGCCAUCGACGCCCUGCAUUACAGAAACUUCCUGCAGCAGUUUCACCCCGAAAACAUGACGAGAGAACUCAACAAGGCCUACUGCGGUUUCACUCGUCCUGGAGUCCAGACAGAGAAUCUGUCCGCCGUGGCGACGGGUAACUGGGGCUGCGGAGCGUUCGGUGGAGACACGCGACUGAAAGCUGUGCUGCAGAUGAUGGCGGCAGCAGAAGCAGAGCGUGAUUUGAUGUACUUUACUUUUGGGGACGCGGAGCUGGUCACAGACGUCCACCGCAUUCACACACUGAUCACACGUAAUCAUGCCAGCGUAGGAUCAGUGUUCAGCAUGUUGCAGCAAUACUAUGAGCGUGUGAUUAAGGAAACGUCAAGAGCUAAACCUCAGAAAACACUUUACAGCUUCCUCUCUGAGCACCUCUGACCUCUGACCCCUGACACCAGCAGCUCUGACAUGAUCCCUGCAUUGUUUUCUGUACCUCAGACCUCACUGUAUGAUCCUCAAUAAAUCUGUUUUAAUUGUU